GAAUGGAUAAUGAUAGAGUCAUCCGUUUGGCAUAUUCAACUAUUGACGUUAUGGACUGGGUGAAUUUCUUUGAAGAAGUUAAAAUUCAAGAUAGUGAUUAUUUAAUACGGUCGGCUGACGAUUCCUUACUGCAACAAGUUAAGAAUGAGUUGAUUAGAAGAAGAUGGUCACCUAACUGUGUAGACGAUAUUGUUUCAAAAUAUAAUGAAAGUAACUGGCCAUUCGGUAUAUCGAGCAAGUUCUACGACGUUGAAAAAAAAGAGUACCGUAUAAAAAAUUAUAUAUGCAGACGUAUUCCGGGUUUUCUCAAAGGCAAUCGAGAAGAAGCUGUCCUCGUGUUAGCUAUUUAUAAUAUACAUAUGCCUCUUAGCACGAUCUUUGAACCAGGAUUUGUGAUGUUUUUAAAGCCAGGAGGAUUGUAUUAUAUUGACCAUAGUAGUUAUGGUUUAGACCAAUCCUUAGAAAUAGUUGAAGUUCUUAGAUGGGAUUUGUUGAUAAUGUCACCUGACGGUUCGCUUCUGGAAGUCGUUGAUCAUAUACUUCGUCAUAAACGAUGCACACGUGGAGUUGCGGACGCUAUUAUAGGAAAGUAUGAUGAAAAAAGCUGGCCAUCUGGUAUAAGGGGCACACAAUUACAAAAUGACCAAAAGAAGGCGCGUUUGGUAGAUUACAAUUGUAGACGUGUUCCGGGUAUUCUGAGUAGUAAUCAAGAAGAAGCGGUUAUCGUGUUUUCUUCUGAUAAUGAGCAUAUGCCUGCUGAUAUGAUUGCUAAGCCUGGAUUUACGAUGAUAUUCAAACAGGGAGGAUUACCACCUAUCAUUGAUGAUGUUGAAAGUGAUUAGUUGUUGAGUGAAAUAAUAAGUGAUUAAUAGUGUCUUCUUUGUUUGUUUUUAUAGAUAUUGUUAGCAUAAAAAAUAAAUAC